GUGCGUUCGGUAUGCAGUGUGUUUUGUCGGGCGGCCGGCGGGUGGUGCGGUACACCGGGUGUGGAAACUCCCCAUCGGGCUGUCCGAGUGAGCACGUGCGAAUGGUGUGCACGCGCCACUUGCCUGCCACAGUGCCAUCAGCCAUCUCACCGCGUACCACUGCACAGCGAUUUGCAACUCCGGCCAAAAUAUGUUGUUAGUGCCUUAGAUAACAGAAAAAUGUCAGAUCCAGCACAUGGGAAAAUAGAGGAUAAUCCGAAGAUUUUAUCGGGGCCGGUACUAACCAACUCCCCAAAUGCAGUCCUCUCUAAGACUCUCCUGGGCAGGUACAACGACUUGCCUUUGCCCGCUGACAAAAUCCUGGCUACCUACAUUUGGAUCGACGGAACUGGCGAACACUUGAGGUGUAAGGAUCGCACCUUGAGCUUCAUACCGAAAGUGCCUAAAGAUUUACCUAUCUGGAAUUUCGAUGGCAGCUCUACUGGCCAAGCUGAUGGCCACAACUCUGACACCUAUUUAGUGCCUCGUGCCAUUUACAAGGACCCUUUCCGAAGAGGAAACCACAUUCUCGUCAUGUGCGACACUUACAAGUACAACAUGGAGCCCACAGAGAGCAAUCACCGCAUCCGGUGUCAAGAGGCUGCUGACAAAUGCAAGGAUGAUGAACCUUGGUUCGGAAUUGAGCAGGAAUACAUCCUGUUAGAUUCAGAUCUGCGACCCUUCGGAUGGCCCCCAGGCGGUUUCCCACCACCACAGGGCCCCUACUACUGCGGCGUUGGUGCCAACAAAGUAUUCGCCAGAGACCUCGUUGAGGCUCACUACAGAUGCUGCCUCUAUGCUGGUGUUCCAAUUUCGGGUACAAACGCCGAAGUGAUGCCUUCGCAGUGGGAAUUCCAAGUGGGGCCAUCGGUCGGAGUGACCGCCGGCGAUGACCUAUGGGUGGCGCGGUACAUCCUACACAGACUUGCUGAGGAAUACGGAGUCAUCGUGACCUUCGAUCCUAAGCCGGUCCAAGACUGGAACGGCUCUGGAGCGCACACUAACUUCUCAACCAAAAAAAUGAGAGAAGACAAUGGUAUUAUUGAAAUUGAAAAGGCGAUAGAUAAACUAUCGAAGGUCCACAUGAAGCACAUUAAGGUGUACGAUCCGCGCGGUGGAAAGGACAACGAGAGAAGGCUGACCGGCCUUCACGAAACAGCCAGUAUUAACGACUUCAGCGCAGGUGUCGCCAACCGAGGUAGCAGCAUAAGAAUACCGCGAACAGUGGCUGAAGAGAAGAAAGGCUACUUAGAAGACCGCAGACCCGCCUCCAACUGCGACCCGUACGCUGUGGUCGACGCUCUGAUGCGUACCUGCAUUUUAAACGAAUAACAUCACAGAUUCACCCAUCGCGCCGCACGUGAUAGCUAACGAGCGCAGUUCAUUAUAUACCUUCUGUAUAUAAUGACUGCAGCACAAACUGCUGGCAGAUGAACCGCACAAACUAUUAUUUUAUAUAAAUAUCGUACCAUAUGUUACACUCACGUGUCAGCCACGAGGUCAACAAUUAAUUAGUUUAUUUCUAAUAUGUAAUAAGCAAGAUUGUAGAUUUACAUACCAUGUGAUUAGUAUGAAUAGAAUGAGAUAGGGCGCCUGUCAAUUGUAUUAGAGCACUCCGCGUAGUUACGAAGCAACCUCGUGGCUAAAUGUAGCGCGUUAUAAAGGACCACUAGAAGAUAUAAUAGGAAAUAUUUCUACGAAUAUUAUGUGAUAUUUAAAAUUAUUACUUUCACGUUAAAUAAUUUAAUUGUAUACAAAUAGCCACAUAUCAUUAUUUCUAAUGAAUUCAUUUAUUGUUAGAUAUUAUUAGUUAUGUUUAAAGCGUAACUUAAAGUUGCGCGAAUGUUGCUGCUUGGCAUUAAAUAUUUGACUAAACCCUGUUUAACAUUAAAAUGCUCCGAGCGAGUCAUAAUCGUAACUAUAAUAAUAGAUGUAUAUUAGCUGAUAUAGACGAGACACCAAUCACAUUAGUGACCAAGUACCUUAUUCAUAGAUCUAUAAUAUGAAGUUACAAAUUAUACACCGCCUUUUUGAACGUUUGCACUUUUGUAAUACACACAGAGGUGAAGCGUAGAGCGCAAAUAAUUAUUUGAAUAGUAUAACAAAGGUAUAUCUUUUUAUAUGUUACUUUUAUUUAGAAAUGUUUAUUCAUUUGUAUGCAUCGGCAUAAUGCAUUGACAAAGUUUAUGUGUAUAAGAACACGUUAUUAUUAUAAAGAUGUUAUAAAAAUAAAGUAUAAUUUGUUGUACCGUU